AUGGAAAAACGUGGACUUAAGGUGAUGCUCAUAGUAUCAUGGUCCAUUCCGAUUCUUGCUUCCGUAUUAUCCUUUAUUAUUCCGCCAGCUUCCUCUUUCGUGUUAUCUUUCGGAUUUUUAAUCUUUGCCUUCGGCGAUUUAAGUAUUUUCUUUUUUCACUUUCUGGUUGUGGUAGUUUUGCUCCACCGCAAGAAAAAAACAAAGCAGCUAAGAGCUCGACCAGUUUCUAUGAAACUGACUAUCCGCAUGGAGGUCCGUGUUACUUGCACACUGGCUAUCGCAACCGGCGUCUUCACCAUUUGCUGGGUUCCUCCAGUGAUUGUACUUGUGUUUGCCGCUAAAACACUGAAGCUAAACGGCCCUCUACACAUGUGGCUCCAAACUCUGGCUCUAUCAAACUCGCGGCCAUGAACUUUCUGAUUUACUCUGCUAAAAUCGGAGACUUCACAGAUGCAUUUGUUGGCAUCGUGCGAAAGAUUCUCCGCUUGUAGCCUGUGCUUUAGUUUGCCUUUUCUUAAAGUUGCCCGAAAGUUACAAGAAAGUUCUUAGUGAAGUAAUGAUUAUUUUUAAUCUUCAUUAAAAGGUUAUUUAAAUUUAGCGUCUCAGAAACAUCACUUGCCCAUACUUCUUGCCUAACACCACAACUCCCAGGUCAUGUAGACGCCGUUCUCACAAUUAUCACGCCUGGGUGGCCCUCCACCACAAGAAACUUUAUUCUAGCAAUGAAUCGAGCCAACGUCGACGCCCAGAAAUUUCGAUGGCUCUAGAAAACUUUAAACUUACAAGCUAUAAAAUGAAAGACUCUAAAAUACUUAAAUUUUCCAAGUGUCUGUUUCAUUUUCAUAACGUUUUUAAAGCUUUUCUAUCGAUUCCCUCAGACUUUCUUCCUUUUUAGCAUAUUUGUGAGAGAAAACCGUCGUAAAGUGACCCUUGCAUGUCGAUUGUAUAGGUUGGCGGAUGAUGUCGAAGGGUUUUGUGGUGGUGUAUGAAAACCAAAACCGCAAUAUACCGUCUUACCUCUCAACAUGCUCAUCAAAAACGUUACAGUGGCCCACCGAAAAGUGAAUUUGAACACUGUUCUCUCUAUUGUAAAAUGACUGCAAAAGGGCAGGGGCCAACACCAGGUGUCCGUCUUAGAGAGGUGUCCGUCUUAUGAAGGUGUCCGUUAACAGAGAGUUAACUGUGCUCACAAAACGAGUAUGCGGUAUCAUCAGCCAAGGUGAUACAUCCGUUAAUACAACAAAAACUAUAACAACAACAACCUAUACCGGGGAGGGAGGGACACAAGACGUGUGUUAUUCAUUGCUGAGCCCCCCUCCCCUCCUUUUUUUUUGGGGGGGGGGAUUUCCUUUGUUUAAUUCCCCCAAGCCUCGUACUGUAGUCAAGUGUAAGUUUUAAUAUAUCGAAAUCGGUCGAUUAUCAACGCGAUCAGAUAUGAUUAUAAUGAUUAUGAGGGUAAUAUUAAUCGAAUAACAACAAUUAUGAUAAUAACACAAUAAUAUACAUAAUACAUUCCAGUUAACAGAGUUUAAGUGAAGAACUAACAGCCUUUUUUUCUGCUAGAGAUCGGUUAUGUUACGUUUGAAUAAGCAUUGCAGGGUCUGCUCGGUGAGUUAAUCAACGACUUGCAGGCGCAGUUUUGUGAUAGUAUUUAUUGUUACACGAAAUGUUGUUAGCACCCUACAAUAUUUUGCUUUUAAUGGUUAUCAAUCUGGGUGAUCUUAUUGUUGUUAUCAUAAGGUAGUUUGAGAUUUUUAGAUGCCUUUACUUGCUUACGUCGAUAGACUGUAUACAGCUCUUUCGGCAUGUUUGAUAAUAUCUUAAUUAACCCUUUUUCUUUCAUUCGUGCUAAUAACCGAUAAUACGGCCAAAGAGCUUAAACGUCCUUAACACCAGCACAAACUAAACCCACAUCUUGAACGUUUCAUGGGCAGAUACAAUAAGUUGUUCUCUUCUAUUGGCUCAUAGUAUUCUGCUGCUCACAGUCAACGCUAUCGUGGGCGUUUUGGGAUCACUUGGAAAUGUGCUUGUUUGUUUGGAAAUUGCUACAAAUUCCCGCCUACGCCGAUCUUCCAACUACCUUCUGUUCAGCUUAGCAAUCGCUUGUCUAAUCGUCACCUUGAUAUGCGAGCCAAUCGUUCUGGAGUUCAUCAGCCGGUUAACCUUCUUCCACAAGAGCAGAACAAGCCAGGAAAACUUGUGUACCACGUUCUGGUUAGUCUUCCAUGCCAGACUUCAUUCUUCCAUUUGGUUUCGAUCAGAAUUGAUUGUUUCGUUGCCGUUGUAUUUCCAGUGCGUCACAAAAUCUUCAUGGAAAAAGGCGGACUUAAGGUUAUGCUCGUAACAUCAUGGUCCCUUUCCGAUUCUUACUUCCGUUUUAUCCAAUAUCAUUCCGACUGGUUCCACUCCCGUCUUUGGUCUUAUCGGAUUUGUAAUCUUUUCCUUCAGCGGUUUUAGUAUUUUCUUCUCUUUAACUUCCUGAUUGUGGUAGUUCUGCUCCACCACGGGAAGAAAACAAAGCAGCUAACAGCUCGAACAGUUUCUGUGAAAGUGGUUACCCGCUUGGAAGUCCGUGUUACUUGCACACUGGCUAUCGCAACAGGCGUCAACACCGUUUGUUGGGUUCCUAUAAUGACUGUGUAUGCCACUGAAAAAUGGCAAAACAGCCCUCUACACUUUUGUCUCACAACCCUGGCUCUAUAA